UUAUGCAGUCACAGCACGUGUUCACAUGAUCUUGACCGAUGACCGAAGUAUAUAAAAAUAUAACGUUAUACAUUUGAUAUCCAGAAUCAGAGAAACUAGAAGAACGAUAAGCUAGAUUUAAAAUGAAAAGGUAAAGGUGUUCCAGGCUUUUCAUCCCCAGCCACAGGAAGUCGCAAGCGGAGGCGCAUGGUAACAAACAAACCAAGGCAUCACUGGGAGACAGGAAGAACUGCUGACUAAUCAACGAAUGAGUGUCAUUCUCUACAUCCUGAGGUUACUUCAACAUGUCUGUGUCCGUAAUCAUUAAAUGGGGUGGACAGGAGUAUUCCAUCAACACCUUGUCUGAAGAGGACACAGUAUUGGAUCUCAAGCAGUCCAUCAAGAGUUUGACAGGUGUCCUACCAGAACGACAAAAACUUCUGGGGUUAAAGCUUAAAGGAAAACCAGCUGAAGAUGAUGUUAAGCUGGGAGCACUGAAGCUGAAGCCUAACACAAAGAUCAUGAUGAUGGGCAGUCGAGAGGAGAAUCUGGAAGACAUCAUGGCUCCUCCACCAGAAAAUGAUGAUGUUGUAAACGAUUUUGAUAUUGAGGAGGAGGUCAUUGAAGUAGAGAACAGAGAGGAAAACUUGGCCAAAAUUGCUCGAAGGGUAAAAGAUUAUAAAGUGGAGGAGCUGAACCCUCCGAGGGAAGGCAAGCGUCUGCUGGUACUUGAUGUGGAUUACACCUUGUUUGAUCACAAGUCCUGUGCAGAGACUGGGCAAGAACUCAUGAGGCCUUUUCUCCAUGACUUCCUCACCUCUGCAUACGAAGACUAUGACAUCGUUAUCUGGUCGGCCACAAGCAUGAAAUGGAUUGAUGCAAAGAUGAAAGAGCUAGGUGUGAUCGACAACCCCAACUAUAAGAUCACCUUCAUGCUCGACAGCGCAGCCAUGAUCACUGUACACACUCCCAAGAGGGGCGUGGUUGAGGUAAAGCCUCUAGGUGUGAUAUGGGGGAAGUACAGUGACUUUUACAGUAAGAAGAACACUAUCAUGUUUGAUGACAUCGGCAGGAACUUCCUCAUGAACCCACAAAAUGGACUGAAGAUUCGUCCAUUCAUGAAGGCACAUUUAAACCGCGAGAAAGACAAGGAGCUCUACAAAUUGUCACAUUACCUGAGGGAGAUUGCUAAGCUAGAAGACUUCUCAGGUCUCAAUCACAAACACUGGGAGAGGUAUCUUUCAAAGAAACAGUGAAGACCGCCUCCUGGAAAGACACUGAAGCCCUCACCAAAUAGCUCCUGGUUAUACAGCCCAUUUUUCUCUCAUUUUAGUUUCUUCCCUUCUGUUCCUUCUGUUCCGUCAUGGUCUUUUAUGUGGCUUAGGUAAGCUUUAUAAGUCUUAUAAAACACUGCACUGUUCAGCACCCAGCCUGCUACAUCUUAGCAUAACACUGCUACCCCAAAAAGCAUGACGUUGCUCCGUUCUCAUCUCUCUGUAUACGUUUCUUCAUUUUCCUCCAUCUUUAUGGACAUUUUGUGUUGUGCACACUUGGCGUGUGUGUGCUCUUUAUCAUCCUGUGUGUGGUUGUCACAGGUUGCAGUAUUAUAGUGGAGGCAGGGAGUAUGUAUGGUGUGGAAUUGUGCUGGAAUUGAAGCUAGUGAUGGCUGAAUAGCAUGCACAGCAUUGGUACAGCCAAAAUAUGGUCUAGCUGAAGGAUCUGCUGAACUAUCUUUCCUCCAUGGAGAUUAUACUUUAGGCAAUUUUCAUGUCACCUUUUCUCAAUGGGAUUAAAGUGUACCCAUGUACUUUUCGUUGCAUUUUCAAAACACAGUGGGCAAAAGAUACUUAUUUUCUUCCACUUAUUCUACGUGGUCCUGUACCUUUCCAUGACUGUUGGUAAUGCUAGUUGGUAAGGCCAGCCGUUCAUUUUUGCGUGUGUUGGCUAUGACUAUAUACAUUUCAUCAAAGCCCUUGGUCAGUUUAAAUGGUACUGCCUCUGAUAGGGCAAGGCUGUAUGUGGGGUGUUUCUGUACUAAGACGGUGUGAAUGGGCCCAUAGUACAGGACAAAGGGCAGGGCACCCAAUGGCACAUUGUGUUUGUAUUGUAAUUGAUGCCUAGAUUUUGCAACAGUGUUAACAGCAUUAGGGACUUGUAUGCAAGCAGUCCUUGCUGAAUUUAUUUGGGCUGAAGCUCACUGGUCCAGUUGCAUUGGUGGAGAGUUUCUGAAAAUUCACAGCAGUGAAUCAUUCCAAGGCCAACUCACCUUGGGCAUGGUAAGUCAUGCCAGGGAUGACCAUUCAAAACAUUUAUGCUAAAAGCAAAAAUGUGAAGUUUUAAAAACUUUGGUAAUUAACUGUUUAGGAUCUUCAGAAACAAAAUUUCCUUAAAAUUAGCAAAAUGAUGUUUGAAGAUGGUAUAUUCAUUUGUUGGAGAAAGGACCUCUUAGUCUUUCUUCAUUUGAUACUGAGCUAAUAUUUAAUUGAUGUCUGGCACACAUCCUGUUUUUUUCCCCCACCUGAAAGUGAGAGAACAAGUAACUCAUUAAGUGCUGCGAUUCAUCCCCAUUUUUCUCUUUAAAUAUUAGCGAAAUGCCUUUUGGGGUUUCCACAAUGGCAGCUUCCCUGCUCAAGCCCAUCUGAUCAUUGUGAUUAGGUGACUCCUAAAGCACAUGAGAUUUAAAGGUAUUAUGAGUUUUGCUGUUUGGUUUACAUUAUGCCGUUAGGGUCGCAUCAAGGCCCAUGGCUCUGCUAUGCAUAAGCUAUAUGAGGAUGCAUUAUAUUACUAAACAAGAUGUUGGGGUUCUAUUUUGCCUCAUAAGUCCUUAAGCAGUUUCUAUUCAGAUACCUUUGAGACAUACAGUGGUGACAUUUCCCUAUGACAUUUGCAUAGAUCAUGUCUUUGAUAGACUUGAUAUGCAAUACCAAUCACAAUAUCUUUGUGGUAAUAUCCCAAAAAAACUUCUGAAAAAGCAGAUUGACUGUGGGAUUGUGGGUAAUAGAUACUGCAUGUCCAUACUUACACCUCUUUUUGGAUAAUUGGAUAACUGAUUCAUUUGGAUAAUUGGAUAACUGAUUCAUUUGGAUAAUUGUAUUUCUAACAAACCUGAAGCAGUGUCAAACUGUCUGGGCUUCUUGGGUCACAAAAGGUUUGCUAUUGCAUGUGUGAUAGUGAUUUAUAUAUCCCCUGCGGUACAUUCUUUAUUUUUUAUCUACAUUUGUUGAUACUAAAAGCUGAGGUACUCAGAUAUUGAGGUUUGGCCUUUCACAAAUUGAGCUGUGUUCACUUGAAAGCAUUGUUUAUUUUGUAAGUGGUAGUGGAAAUUUCAGCUCACUCCAGUUAGGUUUCCUAUAUCUGUGAACAUUCUUAACAUUCAAGAACUCAGAAAAGAGCAAAAGAAAAAGAGAAGAGCAACAUCAUAUCUAAACACUAUUUAAAACACACUUUGUAUGUACAAUGUGCAUUGCUGCAUACACUUAAGUGUCAACUUCAUCCUAAGUGUGACUUGCCACAUUCAGAAACACGUGGCAUUCUUGACUCUCUUACAGCUAAUAUAUACAACAUGAGACCUGUGUAAAAAUACAAUGUCCCUGCUUCCCUGUAUACAACAUGAGACCUGUGUAAAAAAGCAGAUGUCCCUGCUGCAAAAGGGUCGUACCUCAGAUUAAUCUGGGAUCAUCACAUGUUUAUGUUUGUCACAUGAUUAUGGUUAUGUUUGAAAUAUGUAAGAAUGUGUAAGCAUUACAUAUCCUCAAUGUAAAUAAACAAGUCAAACUUUUUAUAGUAUA